UUGGGAAUAAUGUGAGUUUGAAUCAAGAAAUUGCAGUUUACUCUGAAGAAUUUUUGUUUAUUUUUUCUAGAUUCACAACAAUGAUGCUUCAUGAUGGAACACAAGAAAUUGUUGAUGGUAAUAUGACAGUUGAAACAUAUGAGGAAAUAGCAGUGGAUGAUAUGAAUGUAAGUUUAUUACUUGACGCAGAAUUAAAAGCUGAAUUUAAUGUUUUUCAAAACUAGUUGGAUUUUUAUAGGAUAUUGUCGUAGAAAGUGAAACUCAAGGAAUACCAUACGAAGAAGAUGAUGUUAGAAGUGAAGACGGAGAUGGAUAUGGUGGAAUGAGUCAUGAGCAAUAUAAUGGGAUUCUUGAAUAUAAGCGAACUGGAAUGGUUCCAACAAAUGUUGAUAAACGGAUGGAUCGAAGUGCUCCAAGUCAUUGGAGAUCUCGUUGUAAUCGAUUUACAGUCGCUGAUGAUAAUGAAACAUUGUUAUAUUAUAAUCCAACAAGUCCAGUAAAUGAUCAGCCAAAAGUUGUAGUGAAACGUGGAGAAGUUCGGAAAGCUUUGGAGAGAAUUCAUGAAUUGAUAGGACAUUUGGGGCAGAAAAGAACGUAAGUGUAAUUAUUUUUUUUUAUUUUUAAUAAUUUUUAUCUAAACAUAUAUUUUCCAGACAAAUGGUGGUUCUUCGAAAGCUUUAUUGGCGUUCAGUUCGUCAAGACGUGAAAAACUACAUAAUGUCAUGCGAUUUUUGUAAUCAGAAAAAAGUAGAGGGUCGAAAAAUCGUCAAAGCUCCGGUUGACAUCACAAGUGACGCAUUCGAUAUAAAUGUUGCUGUUCGAGAUUUGAGAGAUGGACCUGUUGAUCGUUUAGAAUUCACAUUGAUUGGAUAUAAUGAGGAUGAAGUUAGAGAUGCCGCAUUUAGCCGGAUGACUUCUUAUACUUUCAAGGAAACUGCGACAGAAUUUAGAUCGAGAUAUUCACUUCGUGAUACACCGGUAAGAAAUCGUGGAAUUUUCAUAUUUUAAUAUUUAAAAAUUUAAAUUCAAAGUUUCGGAGCCCAAAAGUUAAGUGGAAAUUCGAUUUUUUGUACUUUUUGUACUUGGUCUCAAAAAAAAAUUCAAAAGAAAAUUUUAAAAUUUGUGUGCAAACACCGUAACGCAGAAAUGCACAUGUGUUGUAUACCGUACUCUCAUCAUUCCCAAAAUACUACAACCUUGAGAUUUUCCCAUAAACUUUAACUCACAGGCUUUAUUUGUGAAACGGAGAAUACUAUUUUUCAGAAUUUUGAAAUGAACAUUUUGACAGUAGAUUUUGUAACGUGAAACAUUUGACGUAACCUCCCUCUUCCUUUUUUAAUAAUGUUCAUUAUUUAUUUUUAUUGUUCUAGGUUCCAACAUUCCGAAGACAACCAUAUGUUAAACGAAACGGUCAAAUGGCAAUCGGAUAUUUACUUCCAUUCCAGCAAAGAAGUCGAAAUAUGGAACCUGAAUUUAUUGAAAUUUACGAAAGAGCACAAAUGCAAUAUGCAGAUGGAGAAGGUGAAAAAUAUGAACAGGAUGGAGAGUUAGUUUAUUUCAACGAUAAUUCUUGAUAUAAUCAAUUUUUUUCAGAAUUACUGAUUCUUUGGGACGAUUGAAACAAGAUUCAUCUCAACCAAUUGCUCAUCCAGUUACACUUGAUGGACAUGUUUUGCAAGGAAAACGAUAUUUCAAAGAAGAAGAAGAUCUUGAUGUUGUUGUAAAUUCUCCGGAUAAAAAUGAUGAGAAAGGAGAUCGAGAAGAAGGUCCACAAAAUCAGGAAGAAAUUGAAGAACAACCAACAAAUCAAUUAGAAGAUGUUAAACCUCAAGAAACAAGAAUCCACGCAAGAUACAGUAAUCCGCCCUCAAGUUCUGCUUCUUCUUCACAUAAACGAAGAUUUCACGAUGUUCAUCAUGAAGAGAUUUAUCCACCAGAUCAUGAACCAGCUACAAAUCCGAUUCCACAACCGAGAAUUAUGCAGACAUCUUCGAAAAAGAGAAGGAAUAAUGACGCAUCACAUUUACAUGGAAUUGCUGGGAGAUUUAGUAUGGCAAUUGGAGAAAAUGAUCGAAUGGGUAAGAUUUUUGGGUUUCUGGGGAAACUGAAAAGGGAUUGAAAAUUAUUUUUUUGAAACAAAAAAGAGGUAAUUCAUAUGCCAGAGCUAAAAUUGAAACUAAUAAAAUUCUUGCCACGUGGAAUUUUGAAGCCCUCAUUAUUGAAAUUUUGGGAAAAAAUCGAAUUUUUAAAUAUUUCUCAACUAGAUUUUUCAAUACUCUGAAUUUCCGACUGAAAAAAACAAAAUAAAGCGAAGUUCAAAAAAGUUGCAAACACCGGGACAUAAAAAAUGCACAGAAAACAUAUCUGGCGAUUUUCCAAGGUUCUAAUUGUCUUGGGAAUUCCUUUAAAAACAUUUCUGAUCAGGGUUAAUUAGAAUAUGUUUAAAUACGGGUUCACAACUUAUAGGUUAAAAUUAAAUUUAAAAACUUGAUCCCCGUCACCUUUGAAAAUAUAACAUUUCCAGAUAAUGAUGCCCGUGCAAGUAUGAUGCAACAAUACGAACAACAACCAACAUCAAGUCGACCAGAAUUAAAUGGGCUUCCACCAAUUUGUAUGAUGCCUUCAUUAGAUUCGCAUGUUAUCGAAAUGCAAAAAGAGAUUCUGCAACGUCACAUUCGAAUUCAAAAAAUGCAGGAGAAAAUCAUUCAAGCUCAAUAUGACGCUUCUAUGAGAAUUCCGAUCACGAGAUAUGUUCAACCGACUGAACAUGUUGUACAGGAGGUGAGCUGGUUUGGGCGGGGGAAUUUCAAAUUUAACAUUUUGUUUUUCAUUACUUAUUUCUUUUCUUGAAAAAAUACAAUUCGAAUCUCAUAAAGUAAAAAAACAAACAGGAAAAUCAGUUUUCAAUUUUUUCAUUUCCAAAAAUAAUUUUGGGAAAGUUUUGAAUUUAAAAAUUAAAAAAAUAGUUUUUAUUUCUCAAAUCGUAUUAUUCAUAUUUUAAACCUUCAACAUUUUCAGGAAACAAUCGUUGAACAUGAAAUGGAUGUUAUUGAAGAACAUACUGUCUAUGAAACUGAACAUUUACAAUGA